AUGGAUGGCGUUGUUGUGAGGAGAGUGAUCCCUUCGGACAACAGUUGCCUCUUCAAUGCCGUCGGUUAUGUGAUGGAGCAUAACAAAAAUAAGGCUUCUGAGCUCAGGCAGGUCAUAGCAGCAGCGGUUGCAAGUGAUCCUGAAAAGUACAACGAAGCAUUUCUUGGGAAACCAAAUGAAGCAUAUUGUGCUUGGAUUAUGGACCCUGAUAAGUGGGGAGGUGCCAUAGAACUUUCAAUUCUGUCAGAAUAUUAUGGGCGUGAAAUUGCUGCAUAUGACAUCCAGACAACACGAUGUGAUCUGUAUGGUCAGGGGAAGAACUACAAUGAGAGGGCAAUGCUCAUUUAUGAUGGGUUGCAUUACGAUGCUUUAGCAACGUCUCCAGCUGAAGGGGCACCAGAAGAAUUUGAUCAGACCAUCUACGUUGUUGACCAGAACCGCUCAAUUGGUCCAGUAGAAGGCCUUGCUCUGAACUUAGCAAAGGAGGCACAUAGGAAGAGGAGCUACACAGACACCGCAAACUUUACAUUGCGCUGCGGCGUGUGCCAAAUUGGUGUCAUUGGUCAAAAGGAAGCUGUGGAACACGCACAAGCCACCGGCCAUGUCAAUUUCCAAGAAUACAAAUGA